AUGAGCCAGACGGUUAAGUCUGACAGCUCGGGAAAGGCCUCCAGCAGCUCGGGAAAGGCCUCCAGCGACAUUACGCUGUCCAACCGCAUACCGAGCGGAAUCCCACCAAACGCAAAACUGUCACCACAAUUCAGCUCGCGUAGCGAGAUCAUUUCGCAGAACGCACUAAGGAAACCGACGAUCUUCUCUUCGGCGAUCUUCUCUUCUUUUCCGAACGAGGAAGGAACUUGCUGCCGUUUGCGGAUAAAGGUAAUCGCUGGACAUCAACUGGCCAAAAAAGACAUAUUCGGUGCUAGUGACCCGUACGUUCGGAUCGACCUCAACACCAUCUCCGGCGACGAAAACAUCGACUCGGUGCUAACGAAAACCAAGAAGAAAACCCUCAACCCCGUAUGGAACGAAGAGUUCAUCUUCCGGGUGAAGCCCAGCGAGCACAAGCUGGUGUUUCAGGUGUUCGACGAGAACCGGCUCACGCGGGACGACUUCCUGGGAAUGGUGGAGCUGCCGCUCGCGCAGCUACCGAAGGAGCCCACCGACGACGGUGUUCAGGUGCCAACCAAAAGCUAUCCGCUGCGGCCCCGAAGUGCUCGAUCAAAGGUGCGAGGACAGCUGGAUCUAUAUCAUGCCUACAUCCAAGAUCAGAACGCAUCCAGUGAAACGGAUUGGGAAAUCAUCGAGACAAACAAUUCGAUCUCCAGUAACUCCAACAUCGCCAGCAGUGCAGCAGACACGCUUCCAUCCGGUUGGGAAGAACGGCAGGAUGCCAACGGGCGUACGUACUACGUGAACCAUUUGCAGCGGACGACGCAAUGGGAGCGACCAACUGCCACUUUAACUCAAUCAUCCCAGGACAACGACAUGGCUGCAGCCUUCCAAAGACGUGUUCAUAUCAGCGUUGACGACAACAUCACGGCAAGCAAUGCAAGCCUGGCCUCAACUCUUCGGUCUACCACCUCGUUGAACAAUUCGGAAAGCUCUCUCGGUGUUGUGUCGGAAGCGGGACGUCCGAUGUCGUCAAAUGGCAACAGGGAAGACGUGGAGAACGGCGUAGUGCUUCGGUCGGAUUCGCUACGAUCGCUGCCGACGAUCCGGGUCAGUUCACCACCGCACCUGCCGGCCGCACUGAUCAGAAGCCCCAGUCGGGUGGCUUCGGUGGCGAAUCCCACACUGGCUGGAGUUAACCGUAGAAAAAGACUUCCACCAACGGUUCCUUUUAUUCUGCCACGACAACCUUCCCUGAAUGAGCAGCGUCUUGACGAGGAUGAGGAAGAAGCUCCUCCCUCACCGCAAGAAGUUCUCCAGUUCGGUGAAGACGAGGAUGAGGACUUGGAUCAUGCGGUGCAAAAUCGUGUCCUACAGCACCUCAACGAAGUUAGCCGCCGCUCGUCGAGUCGCUCAUCGAUCGGAAGCGUUGGCAGUGCCGGUCCUCCCGGAAGGGCUGGAGAUGCUGACGAGGCAGACAGUGGAGGUGGACGGCGAUCAUCUACCAACAACAACAACGACACAGGCGAUGACCGUUCUUCGCAAUCGUCCACAUCCAAUGAGAACGAUUCGUCCAGUAGUAGUCCGGCUGGAGCGGAUGUGGUACUUCCUGCAGGUUGGUCCAUGCAGCUGGCGCCGAACGGAAGGGUAUUCUUCAUCGAUCACAACGAGAAGAAAACCUCGUGGGUAGAUCCAAGGACCGGACGAGCCAGUCCAAUGCCAAAUGCGUCCAGCAGUACAGCUGUGAGCGAUCCGAGACGCCCGGAGGACGGACUGGCGCCCCUGCCGGAAGGAUGGGAAGAGCGGGUGCACUCGGAUGGAAGGACUUUCUUCAUCGAUCACAAUACCCGAACUACUCAAUGGGAAGAUCCACGCUUGUCGAUGCCAAACAUUGCCGGCCAAGCAGUACCUUACUCAAGAGAUUACAAACGGAAAUACGAGUAUUUGAAGGGACAGUUACGGAAACCGGCCAACGUACCGAACAAGAUCGAAAUUAAGGUUCGCCGGGCUUCGAUUCUGGAGGACUCGUACCGCAUCAUCAAUUCCAUCACCAAAACGGAACUGCUGAAGACUAAGCUGUGGAUCGAGUUCGAGGGCGAAGCUGGCCUCGACUAUGGUGGUUUGGCCCGCGAGUGGUUCUAUCUGCUGUCCAAAGAGAUGUUCAACCCGUACUAUGGUCUGUUCGAGUACUCCGCCAUGGAUAAUUACACCCUGCAGAUCAACCCGUUCAGUGGGCUGUGCAACGAAGAUCACCUGCACUAUUUCAAAUUCAUCGGAAGGGUCGCGGGGAUGGCGGUGUACCAUGGCAAACUCCUGGAUGCGUUCUUCAUUCGGCCGUUCUACAAGAUGAUGCUGCAGAAACCGAUCGAUCUCAAGGAUAUGGAAUCGGUAGAUAUGGAGUAUUACAACUCUCUGCUGUGGAUCAAAGAGAACGACCCGAGCGAGUUGAUGCUGACGUUCUGCGUAGAUGAGGAAACAUUUGGAUACACCAGUCAACGGGAGCUGAAGCUUAAUGGAGCGGAUAUUGAAGUCACGAAUGAAAAUAAGGACGAGUACAUCAAGCUGGUCAUUGAGUGGAGGUUCGUGGCGCGAGUUAAGGAUCAGAUGUCAGCUUUUCUGGACGGAUUUGGUCAGAUCGUUCCCCUUAAUCUGCUGAAGAUCUUCGACGAGAACGAACUGGAGCUGCUGAUGUGCGGCAUUCAAAGCAUCGACGUCAAGGACUGGAAACGGAAUACUCUCUACAAGGGUGAUUACUACGCCAACCACGUCAUCAUCCAGUGGUUCUGGAAGGCGGUGCUGUCGUUUUCGAACGAGAUGCGAUCCCGGUUGCUGCAGUUUGUAACGGGAACCAGCCGAGUACCAAUGAACGGAUUCAAAGAGCUGUAUGGAUCGAACGGUCCCCAAAUGUUCACGAUAGAGAAGUGGGGCACACCGGAGAACUAUCCAAGAGCGCAUACCUGUUUCAACCGACUGGAUCUACCCCCGUAUGAAAGCUAUUUGGCGCUGAAAGAUCGACUGAUCAAAGCCAUCGAAGGCAGUCAAGGAUUCGCGGGCGUUGAUUAAAUCCUCCGAUUCGCCUUGUAAAUAUUCUGAAAUUGACGACCCACUGGAAGAGCCAACAUUCCUUGGGAUAUGCAGCCUCAGCUUAAACCUUCCCAUUAUCGCUUACCCAACGGUAGCCCCCACAUGUAGCAGAGAUUCGUCCAUCACCUUCUCGAACUCCGCUGCCUGAACAGUUUUACCAACACAUGACAAUCUACGUUAACACCCAAAAGCAUGCGCAUUAGAGAGGAAUAACAGACAGAGUUUAGCUCCUGCGGCUGCCAAAACCAAUCCCAAUUUAUCACGCUUAUAAAACCGCCUCUGUGAGCGAAGUUAGCUCAUUUUGUUGGCCGUUGUUUCGUGUUAGUUAAAACUCAUCAUUAUCGAAUCAAAUUUAGGAAAACUAUUUUGCCUUAGCAAUGAACGCACUUGCACUGUUUGAUCGUAUUAGAAGAACAUUUAAAUUGUUAGGUGACGCCAAAAUUUUGCCGACUUGUGUACCCGUGAUGUUAAUAACUUUUGUAAACCUAAAUCAAAAAAGUUGUUUUAUAUGUUGAUAUUUUGAUCGUUUGCCCUCCUGAACAAAUUGACAGAAACGAGACUUGUUCGAUCUACCUUUAUACCAUUGUCAUGAGAUCUAGAUUUUUCUAACUCCUAUUAUAAAUAGUCGUGACAUUAAAUCUAAACAAAACGUUGUUACUUAAACUGUUAGAACUUUUAUCAGAGAGGGAACGCUCUGGAGAAGAAGGAGGUUUGGCAGUAUGGUACCGACACGAAGUGAUAUGGCGGGCGAAGCAAUUGUUCAUCGAGCAUGUAGCCUCUGAAAAGGGCAUAAUUGAUGGCAGGAAGCGGGGACGAGAUUACGUUUAGUGGGAUAAUUUAUAUGGAAUCAAAGAAAUACUAUACGUAGCUAAAUAUUUUCAAAGUAUUUUAAAUUCUUAUGACAGAGUAAAAUUAUAAAAUAUUACGCUGA